AUGGCGAUCUGUACUUAUAACGCACGUACGCUUGCAUCGGAAGCGACCAUCGAAGAUCUGAUGAUGCAAGCCAAAAAGACCAAGUACGACGUCAUCGGACUGACCGAAACGAGACGACGUCACCCUCUCAACGCCGUAUAUGAAACUGGAGAAGAACUGUUCUUAGGAACAUGCGACAGUAGAGGUGUUGGUGGAGUUGGCGUCCUCGUCAACACGAGAACGGCAAAGCACAUCGACUCUUUCGAACAACUUACGACCCGAAUCGGACGUCUGCAGAUGAGAAGAUGUGGUCCAACACCAGCUUUGACUAUCUUCGUCGCUUACGCUCCAACAUCAAGCUACGAAGAAGAAAAAGUCGAAGCUUUCUAUAUGGACCUGGAGAAGUUCUACUGA